AUUAAUAUGGACGAAAUUUUCGAAAUUUUAGACAAUUGUCAUUUAAAUAAUGAUAAAUGUGAAGAAACAUCAACAAAUAUGAUAGAAAUUAAUUGCAUACAAAAUUUAAAGAAAGAGAUCGAUAAAUUAUUUGCAAAUAUACGAUGCAAUUUAGGAAGUGUUGAAUACACAAAUCUUAAUAAAAUGUUAGCAAAUUGUCAUUUAAAGACUGGUAAUGAACUUGAAGCUAUAUUUCAUUUAAUUGAAUCACAUGCUGUAAUUCUUCGACAACAAAUAUUGCAUAGAUGUAUAAAAACAGAAAUGCGAAAAUCAAUUUUAAAUGUACAACAAACUUAUGGGCUUAAAUCUUCUUACGUUGGAUUCAAUAUAAAUAAUAUAAAUAAUAUAAAUAAUGAAAAUAAAAUUGAAAAUAUAAAAACAAUACUUUUUGAUUUGCCCAAAGAAUGGUAUAUGAUCCAAAUCACUGGACAAUAUAGAUCUCCAGAUAUUUUUACAUAUACUAGAAAUAAAUCGGAUACAAUGCAUGAAAUAUAUAUUACUAUAUUACCAACAGGAAUUAAAGAAGUAGAACCCUUGUGUCUAGCAUUACCAAAACCUAAGUUACAUUCUUCAUAUGAUAUUUGUUAUGAAAUUCAAAAAUUACUUUCAAAUAAUAGAUCAGAAUUAGAAACUACAUAUGCAAAUAAUGAAUUAUAUUGGAAAAUGAGAGAGAGACAAAAUGCAAAUAUGAAGACUGCUAUGCAUGCAUUAGAACAUAUAUGGUUACGAGAAUGGAGAAUCUUAUUUAUGGCAGAUCCAAUAAACAAACAAAAUUUAGUAACAGAUAUUGUACAAAUGAUAGAUAAACUUAUAUCUGAUUACAAAACUUCAAAAGUGAUAUCAAAAAGAUCUAAGUGGUUAUUAAAAAAAAUAGCAUUAGCAGCAUGUUUUCUUACAAAAGAAGAAAUAGCACGUGCUGUAAAAUAUGUACUUUCUGAUUAUGAUAAACUUGCAGACAGUGUUAUACUAUCUAUAUUUGGAAAAUUAUCUUGUAUGCAAGAGUUAAAAAAUGCAACAAGGAAAACAUUAGUUUUAAUAAUUGAUGAACAUAUGGAUUAUAUACCUUUUGAAUCUAUGGAAAUUUUAAAAUUCCAUCCAAUUACACGCUUUCCAUCAUUGCACAUUGCAUAUGCUUUAUUUAAAGAACAUGAAAAUACAAUGGAAAAUGGCUGUAAAAUAAUUCGAGUAAAAGAUGAUAUGGGUACAUGUAUAGUUAAUCCUUCAGGUAACUUAUCAAAAAUGGAAAAACGCAUGAGAUUAUUUAUUGAAUAUUGGUUACCAAAUUGGAGAAGUUGGUACAAUAUUGAACCACAGGAAGAAGUUUUUGAAGAUUCAUUAAUUAAUCGAGAUAUAUUAAUGUAUAAUGGUCAUGGAAAUGGAAUACAAUAUUUACCAGGAGAACAAAUAGAAAGACUUAGAGUAAAAUCAAUUGUUUUAUUAUUUGGCUGUAGCAGUGUAAAAUUACUUAAUGUAGGAGGACGUUAUCCGCCAUAUGGAAUUUCAAAUCAAUAUUUAAUAGCAAGCAGUCCUUGUGUACUUGGUAUGUUAUGGGAAGUUACAGAUGCUGAUACUGAUAAAAUGACAACAAAUUUCAUCAGUAAUUGGAUUCCAUCACCAUUAAAUAGACCAUGGACUGAUAUUGAUAUUAAUAUGUGGUGUUUGGGUAUUCUAAAAUUUCUAAAGAAUUCACAUAAAAGCUCUCAGAACUUGUCUAUAGAACCUGAGAUGUUGAGAGCAGUUGCAAAAUCUAAAGAUGUUUGUUCUCAUUAUAUGACCGCGGCUGCAAUAAUAGUACGAGGACUACCAAUAAAGCUUAUUUGAACUGUAAAUGUAAAAAAAAAAUAUAAACGAAUAUAUAAUGAACAUGAAUUUAUGUGAAAAGCUGAUAAAAAAUUUAUUUAUAAAAUGUUUCAUAAUUUGGUCAUUUAUCAUGUUCGAUGUAUAUUUUAAGAUAUUAU